AUGGCACCUGCAGCAACUGGAGGCAAGAAGCAAAAGAAGAAGUGGUCCAAGGGCAAGGUCAAGGACAAGGCCAACCACGCCGUUGUCCUCGACAAGCAGACCAACGACAAACUCCAGAAGGAUGUCGGUUCCUACCGCCUCAUCACCGUCGCCACACUCGUCGAUCGCUUGAAAAUCAAUGGCUCGCUUGCACGGAAAGCGCUUGCCGAUCUUGAGGAGGCCGGUCAGAUCAAGAAGGUCGUUGGACACUCGAAGUUGAGCAUCUACACACGCGCUGUUGCCGCUGACGCAUAA